CAGUGAAAACAAGAGGUUCUGGUUGUGAUUUGUACUUAUAUUUGAAGAAAUGCCUGAUUCUUGUUGUGCAGUAGGCUGCUCCAAUAAAAGAAUUAGAAAAGCUCCAUACGUGCGCUGGCGCUCGCUGUUUUUUAUCCUGCCAGCUUCCACAAGGUCCGAGAAAAUGUAAACAAAUGACGUCACAACGCAAGCCGUCUAUAGCUAGCUAUAUAAUAAUAAAGCUUAUUCUUUGUCUUAAAUAUAGAGAACAGGGUUGUUUUUGUGACAAGCACACCAAAUUCGGUCCACAGCCAUCCAUUAUGGUCUUCCUCAUCUUGUAGUCACCUCCAUUGUUAAUGGGCAAAGAGGACAAGGCUUUUGAGGUAUUAAAUGAUGGUGGCAUUUUAAAUCAAAAGUAAUACACUGCCCUGCUUGAUCUUGUCCAAAAUCGGUUUAAAUAUUUAGCAGAACAGGCUGGCAGAGAUCCUUGGGAGAAAAGCCAAAAGAUGGUAGACCUGGCUGUGACACUAAAUGCUUUUUGUGGUGCAGCGUCAUAGAAAAGAAUAGGACCAGUUUAUGGAAUAAAAAGUAAAAUUACUAAAAUUUAAUGUAUAAAUACAGUAUCCCCUAUGUAAUCAAGAUCUGAAAUAUAUCACUGUGAGACAGGAUGCUUGACAUGAGUGCAAUUGCUGUGGGACAAGGCUUUGUCAUACUGAACAUGAUAAUCCUGAAAGGCACAUACUGCUGGAAAUAAUUAGAUAAUCUGUGAAACAAAAUGCCUGGUGAACUGUGAAGAUUGUGGUAUUUGCUUGCAAUUAUGCUGGUGCAACAGAGUGGAGUAAUUGGUCAACCUGCAGAACUGUUAUAGAUGCCUUUGGUGCUCAACAUAGCCAAAAGCUCUGUAUGGAUGAUCCAAGCAACUGUAAUACAAGCAUCCAUCAUAUAAGGAAAUGUUUUAACUGUUCUGCAGAUGAAUGCUACUGGUCCAACUGGGACUCACAUUCAGAAUGUAUUUUAACACAUCCGGAAAUGCAGAAUUCUAGUACAUGUGGAAAUGGUUUUCGGAUAGCAAAUCAAACAGAAUGCAUGGGGAAUGAUACAAUUGAAGUAAACGAUAAAGGAUGUGGACAACGUGGUUUAAGAUUGUGGAACUGCUAUACAGAAUGUGAUCAAUCAUCUGAUAUGGGUAAUUUAACUAAUUGGGGCCACUGGGGUACUUGUGAUGGAAAUUGUACAAAUGGAAUCUGGAAUCGAACAAGGGAUUGCAAAAAGGACGAAGAAAUUAUUGACAGAAGAUUGUGUAAUGGAACGUUUAUUGAAUAUGACCUUUGCAAGUGCCCGGAAUUGUACAAAUGGAAUGAUACAAAUGGCAACUGGACUGAAUGUGAAGCUUUGAACAAUAAAAUGCCCUGUGGAAAUGGAAUUCAAUACUUUUUCUCAAAUCAAUGUCUUUUUAACAUGACUGAGAGAGUUGACAAAGCAAAAUGUGGUGUUAAAACUCGUAUAAAAUCUAGAAGUUGUUAUGCUGUUUGUCCAGAUACCUGUGGUGGUUCAACAACUUUUAACCAAACAAUUAAGCAAAACGAACCUAUCAAUGAUGGAAAACCUACAAUUAUUACCGAAAUUAUUAUUCCUUCUUGUACAACACCUGUACAAAUCAGUUUUUAUAAAUGGAACUCUGUUUAUGCAAUGAUUUCUAACUGGUCUAAAUUAAAUGGCAAAUGCACUUCUACAGAGCUUAUUCUAAUCAUAAAUGGAACUUUUACUAUAUCAGAUGGAACAACCAAUGUCACAUUCAGAGGAUGUGAUGCACCAACUUGGUCUAAGAAUGAAACACUUGUUAGCUGCAAUAGCACAUGUGAGAAUGGAACUAAAACUAAUGGUACUGAAGCACUCAUCCAGAGAUGCUAUGAUAAUAAAAUGCGACCAGAUGAAUAUUGCGUUGGAAAGCCAGAAAAUUUCACUAAAGAUUGUCAAACUGAAGAUAUUUGUUUUUAUUAUAAAGAAUGGAGUUCGUGGGGAGAAUGUGAAGGUACAUGUGGACCAAACGGAAGGCAAAAUAAAACCAGACAUUGCUAUGGCGACGAAAUACAAUACAAUUCUACAACAAAUUGCACUGGUAACGCCACUCAAUAUAGGAACUGCAACAUAACAAAUAAUCCAUGUCCGGAAUACACACCAUGGGGAAAUUGGAGUACAGCAUGCGGAGCAGUUAAUGUGACGAGAAACAGGACAUGUUUACAUAAUGGUACUGAGGUCAAUGCAAUGAGAUGUAAGCACUAUUUAAAAGAGGAUGCAAUGCAAGUUAAAAUAAAUAAUGUUUUGUGCUGCACACAACGUGGUUGGGAGAUUCUGCAUCCUUGCAAUGUAACAUGUGGAAGUUGUACUGAUGUAUGGAUAAAGCAUUGGUGGUAUCAAAACACCUCGAAGGCUACUGAUUCAGAAUGUGAGAGUGAUGGACCCCCUCCAAAAAAAAAUGAAACACGUCGGAUACAGUGUAACACUUUUGGUGAGUGGGGUGCUUGGUCGGCGAACUGUUCAAAAACAUGUAAUACUGGAUACAAAGUAAGAUCCAGAGAAUGUUUUUACGAAAAUAGUGAAAUUUGCAAUCAAAAGCUUACAGAAACAGAAGACUGUAAUACACAUUCUUGUCCAGUGAAUGGAAUGUGGCGUGAGUGGUCAGACUUUUCAAUUUGUAGCGUAAGCUGUGGAAACGGUACUCAAACGAGAACACGUCAAUGCAUCCCGCCUUCGCACGGAGGAUUAAAUUGCACUGGGUUUCAAGGCGACGUUACUGAGACAGAAACCAAGCCUUGUUAUACUAAUACAACUUGUCCCGGAAUUGCGUCGUCAGCUACAAACCAAUCUUGCGACGACCUGUGUGCUUCUAAAGACUUGGUCUGCGUCAACACAUGGCCCACAUUGAUGAACAAAAGCAGCAUUUUUACUACAGCUGGCGUUGUAUGCAAAACAUCUGAUUUUAACACAGCCGAUGGUCCAAGUUAUAAUACAAGUGGCCAUUGUAGGGGCUCCGCCGGCGGUGGUCAGUAUAACUGUACAACAAUUGCUCCAGAUCAUUACAGACGCUUGUGCAAUUGCGUUCCACAGGAUGAACUUGUUAUGGGAGAAUGGUCAAUGUGGGGAGCUUGCUCGUUAUCGUGUGGUCUUGGUGUAAAACAGCGAUCGCGAAGUUUGGUUGUAACCAGUGAUGACACAGUUCAGUACAGCCAGAGCAGCAGUUGCACAUUGAUGGCAUGCCCAAUUGAUGGUAAGUUCAGUGAAUGGGGGUCGUUUUCAAAAUGUAAUGUGUCAUGCGGGUAUGGUAAGAAGUCCCGCCGUCGUGCGUGCGAUAGCCCGCCACCACAAAAUGAUGGAAAUGAUUGUACUGGUGUUACUGUUGAUUGGGAAACGUGUGGUGAUCCGUUAGUUUGCCCAAUAAACGGAAAUUGGACAGAAUGGAGUGCGUUUACAUUUUGCAACAAACCCUGUGGCAACGGGACUAGGACACGAUAUCGCACAUGCAACAACCCAGCACCUCAGUUUGGAGGUGAACUUUGUCAAGGGGAUGCAACAGAAUCAUUGACCUGCGUAACUCAUCCCUGUACACCUGUUAAGGUUAUCAUUGGGGUGGAAUUUGUGGAUGAAAAAUAUCACGACUUUUAUGACAACCUGCAUGCUGAACCGACAGAAGAAUUAAAGAAAAAAAUUGAAAGUCAGAUUCGCAAACUUUACGAGAAGAAGUUUCCGAACAUAAAAAUUAAAGUUAUACCACACAGCUUCAAGAAGGGUAACAGCAGUGCAACUUCAGACAAGGAAAAGGAAAAAAAAUGAAUCAAUACUGAGGUUCAAGGAUGAAACUUGUAAAUACUUAUCGAACAAAGUUUGUUGAUAUAUGCAGUCUAGUGCUCGAGCUGAUCAUGCCUCGCAAUUGUGCUCGGAUGCAAGACAAUGAAGAAUACUGAAGUUGAAACUGGCUUUUCAUUCUUCAGUAUUUUUAUGUAAAUUUUAGUUUGUCUUUUGUUUUAAUUUAAAACCCAUCAAGCGUCA